GAGGAAGCGGAAGUGGUGGUAGCUCGGGGAGCGUGCACCUGAGUCGGUGGUGCAGAGCCCUGGACGCUUGCCAUGGAGGGGUCUAACGAGCCGGUCCUGGAUGCUAAGGCCAAGGUCACCAACCAGCUUGUAGAUUUUCAGUGGAAACUGGGUAUGGCUGUGAGCUCAGACAGUUGCAGAUCACUUAAGUAUCCUUAUGUUGCAGUGAUGCUAAAAGUGGCAGAUCAUUCAGGCCAAGUAAAGACCAAGUCUUUUGAAAUGACAAUUCCACAGUUUCAGAAUUUCUACAGACAGUUCAAGGAAAUUGCUGCAAUUAUUGAAACUGUGUGAAAACUGAUUACUUGGUUGGUAAAUUGCUACCAUCGUUCUAAAAUCAUGGACUUCACGUUCUGCAAUAUAACUGCAUGAGGAUCAGAUGACUUUUUUAUUGAAAGAAAAUUGUACUUUUGUUUUUCCAUUUUUUGAAUAAUAAAAAAAUUAGACAAACAGGAA